GCCCAGAAAGCCUGGAGGAGGAGCCUCUGCCAGAGUGGAGAAAAGCAGGCCUGAGCCUCCCCAAAGGCACCUCCUGGGGACUCCCAGGACUGCAGGCUGAGACGAGACGCAGGGUGGCUGGAGGAAGUGAGAGGUGAACUCAGCCUGGGACUGGCUGGGCGAGACUCUCCACCUGCUCCCUGGGACCAUCGCCCACCAUGGCUGUGGCCCAGCAGCUGCGGGCCGAGAGUGACUUUGAACAGCUUCCAGAUGAUGUUGCCAUCUCAGCCAACAUCGCUGACAUCGAGGAGAAGAGAGGCUUCACCAGUCACUUUGUUUUCGUCAUCGAGGUGAAGACGAAAGGAGGAUCCAAGUACCUCAUCUACCGCCGCUACCGCCAGUUCCAUGCUUUGCAGAGCAAGCUGGAGGAGCGCUUCGGGCCAGACAGCAAGAGCAGCGCCCUGGCCUGUACCCUGCCCACACUCCCAGCCAAAGUCUACGUGGGUGUGAAACAGGAGAUCGCCGAGAUGCGGAUACCUGCCCUCAACGCCUACAUGAAGAGCCUGCUCAGCCUGCCAGUCUGGGUGCUGAUGGAUGAGGACGUCCGGAUCUUCUUUUACCAGUCGCCCUAUGACUCAGAGCAGGUGCCCCAGGCACUCCGCCGGCUCCGCCCGCGCACCCGGAAAGUCAAGAGCGUAUCCCCACAAGGCAACAGCGUUGACCGCAUGGCAGCUCCGAGAGCAGAGGCUCUAUUUGACUUCACUGGAAACAGCAAACUGGAGCUGAAUUUCAAAGCCGGAGAUGUGAUCUUCCUUCUCAGUCGGAUCAACAAAGACUGGCUGGAGGGCACUGUCCGGGGAGCCACAGGCAUCUUCCCUCUCUCCUUCGUGAAGAUCCUCAAAGACUUCCCUGAGGAGGACGACCCCACCAACUGGCUGCGCUGCUACUACUAUGAAGACACCAUCAGCACCAUCAAGGACAUCGCAGUGGAGGAAGAUCUUAGCAGCACUCCCCUAUUCAAAGACCUGCUGGAGCUCACGAGGCGGGAGUUCCAGAGGGAGGACAUCGCCCUGAAUUACCGGGACGCUGAGGGGGAUCUGGUUCGGCUGCUGUCGGAUGAAGACGUGGUGCUUAUGGUACGGAAGGCUCGCGGCCUCCCCUCCCAGAAGCGUCUCUUUCCCUGGAAGCUGCACAUCACGCAGAAGGACAACUACAGGGUCUACAACACGAUGCCAUGAGCUGACAGUGUCCCUGGAACAGUUAGGGGACACCAGCAAGAACCUUCAACUCUCAGAGGAGAUUAGGACCAGGAAAACCUGGGGGAAUGGGCAGACUUCCCGUCUCUGAGGCCAGUGGACGCAUGGGGUUUGUAAUCUGUCUCUUUCUACUCUUUACAUCUGAUUUAAAUAAACCAUUCCCUGUCAAUGGGGCA